AUAAUGGCCCAAGCCACCGACGAACUGACUCGGACCCAGACAAUAUACAACGACUCUCAAGAGCUCAUACUCCAGCUCGGGCCACGUGACACAACAAUCGCAUCAAAGAGAUCAGAGACUCUCAGUGCAUUUGAACUUGGCGAGCUGUCCAAAGCCCUUGUAGAAGAAUCACGCUCCACGCCAGAGGCCCGCCUUGUGGUCGCAUAUCCUCCCGCCAUCAGCCUCAUUCUAGACGAGGACUCUGCAGUCACUCCGCUUCAGCCAAUACUUGGCGACUAUAGGCCGUUUGUCGUCACUCAAGUCCCUGAGAAGCCUGCGUUUAAAUUCCGUCUUCCAUACCGGGCAAUCCCUCCAGACACUCUAUUGGAUCGGCUCAACUGCCGGAUCAUGUACAGCCCGAUCAACAAUAACUGUACUUUGAUUCAUGAAUUGAGUUUGGUAAAGGGGUCGCAGAUAUUCCUGACCAACACUGAUAAUCCACCUGCAAGGAUAUCAGUAGCUCGCGACCAGCCUUGCAUUCUUAGCCAAGGAUUCUGGAGGGCUUCAGCAACCAUUGGUGGCGGGGAUGAUGCCCUUGAGUAUGACCUUGCUUACAUCCAAGUACUUCAGAGGCAGUUCACCGUCCCCAUCUCCCAGGACCCCGAUAUGCCAGUCCGAAAACGAAGAGCUCCAGAGGUCACUGAAGACCCAGAGAGAUCGGUCAAGCGGCAAAAAACAAAAGCUUCCCUACAAAUUGAUAUUACCUUGGCCCCGGAGUCAUCACAAUUAGCCCCAGGCGUCAACGACAACAACCGUGCUCUGGCCUUGCCGCCGCGGCGCAUCAUCAGUCGAGCUCCCACUUCCGUCCUCGACCUGAAGGAUGGAUACAUGGCUUCUAUCCCGGGCACGGUCAAAGGAGGCCUGGAGCCAUAUGAGCUCCGGCAACGGUACAGAUUCAUGACAAACCAGAACGCGAGCAUCGCUAUCUCUACCCAUUCAGGCAUAAAGGCCGAUGUCGCUGCCAAAGCUCUUUUCCCUGAUAGCCAUGGGUAUGACCUCUGGCACAUUGGGCGACUGUGGAUGCGAGAGACGACACUUCUACAGUAUACGGACCACGUGAGUAGGCGUUUAUUCCUCCUGAAGAUCACCUCAACUCAUUUGCUUUGCAAGGAACAUAUUGUGAAGCUCAAGGGUUUCGAUGCCCGAGUGUAUGCCAUAUACUACGAGUUUCUUCCUCCCUCACUGGCACGGGGGAAAUGGUCCUCGCUUCAACCAGAUGAUGCCGAGAUAAUCCUUGUUCACAUCUCUUCCGCUCUUGCAUAUCUGGCUGCUUGGAACUUUGUACACAACGACAUUCAGCCGGCAAACAUUGCCUAUUCUGGUCACCGUGCCGUGCUCUUCAACUUUAGGCUUGCCUCUCCUUCUGGAAGUAUAGUAGAGGGCAGGUCACCGUGGUCACUGUGGUACCUCCCUCCUGAAUUUAAUAAAGAACGUGUCUGCAGUCUAGCAGCAGACGUCUGGGCUCUAGGUAUUACAAUGCUCUACCUGCUUGGAAAGAUGUCUCUGCCAGAUGAGGAGGAAGUCCCUGACGCUCGAAAAGGAUGGAAAUUGGGAAACGACGCGGAACUGCGGAGUAGGAUGAGGUGCAUUCGGGAUUGUAAAGCCAGACUCAACAAGGGCGAUGCCAUUGAGUCACUUGUGUUCCGGAUGCUUGAUGCAGAUGCCGCAUCACGGAUCAAGGCGGCAGAUAUUGAAGCACGAGUGAGGAAGCGAAACGUAAAAGAAGAGCCAAAGCCAUGA